UGCACCAGCGCGAGGAGGUCGUUCGUCACUGAGUGUUUUGUCGUCUGGGAGGUGGCUGUUGACUGUAUCGGCGGCGGACAUACGGCCUUUUCUCUUACGAAAACGCUUGGGAAUAUGGCGGCAAGUGACGCUGAACAGGACGGACUCAUUGUAAAAAAAUAUGCUUCGGAUGCAGAAAAGAAAAGCGACAAGUUGGCAACGUCUAAAUCUCCCAAAAGCUACAAGCACCAGUCUUCACAGUCUCCGUCUCCGUCUCGGUCAAGGUCAAGAUCUAGGGAGAAGAAACGGUCUCGGACAAGAUCGCGAUCCAGGGACAAGAAGCAGUCUCGGUCAAGAUCAAGAUCUCUGGAGAAGAAACGGUCUCGGUCGAGAUCAAGAUCUGGGGAGAAGAAACUAUCUCGGUCAAGAUCAAGAUCUGGGGAGAAGAAACAGUCUAGGUCGAGAUCAAGGUCAAGGGAGAAGAAACGGAAGUCUGAAAAUGAAAGCCGGAGAUCCAGGCAAAGUCGGAGCAGAAGCAAAGAGGAACAAAGACGGGAGAUAAAAGAAAGAAGUGCCACCAAAAAACACAAAUCUUCUGAUCAAAGUGACAAGGAGCAUGACAAAGGGAGGGAGCGAUUAGGUUCAACAGAAAAUGGAGAAGACAGGCCAAAACGGAAAGACAAAAAAACUUCAAAAGCUCACAGUUAUUCAAGAUCCAGGUCCAGAGAAAGGCGACAUCGGAGUCGUGAAAAGAAGAGAUCACGUUCACGGAGCAGAGAAAAGAGGUCUCGGAGUCGAGACAGACGAUCAAAAAGCAGAGACAAACGCUCGAGGAGCUGGGAUAGACACUCGAGGAGCAGGGACAAGCGAUCUCGAAGCCGGGACAGGAGGUCUCGAAGCCGGGGCAGGCGAUCCAGGAGCCGGGGCAGGCGAUCCAGGAGCCGAGGGAGGCGAUCCAGGAGCCGGGGAAGGCGCUCAAGGAGUCGGGGCAGGCGUUCCAGGAGCCGAGGCCGACGUUCAAGAAGCAGAGAAAAGAAACGACGCCUGAAAUCUCGGUCGAGAUCAAGGUCAAGGCACAGGAUACACAGAAGUCGAAGCCGAAGCAAAGAAAAAAGAAAACACAAGUUCAGUAGAAGCAGAAGUCGUAGUCGAACGCCCCCAGUAUUCAGGGGUCGCAAUGCUGCUAUGGACGCUCAGGAAGCGUUGGCCCGAAGGCUUGAAAGAGCAAAGAAGCUGCAAGAGCAAAAAGAAAAAGAACUAUUGGAGAAGCAAAAAGUGGAGCAAACAGAUGUUGCAGAUACAACUAAUGGAUCCCUUGGAAGUGUCAACCAACCGACAGUUAGUAGUGGAUCAGUUCUCAAUGUUGCUGCUCUCCUGGCAUCUGGUACUCAAGUUACACCUCAGAUUGCAAUGGCUGCACAGAUGGCAGCACUCCAAGCAAAGGCACUGGCUGAAACUGGCAUAGCGGUGCCUAGUUACUACAACCCAACUGCUGUCAACCCAAUGAAGUUUGCAGAGCAAGAGAAGAAACGUAAACUUCUCUGGCAGAACAAGAAAGAGGGGGAUAAGUCACAGACUGCAGAAUUAUGGGAAAAACUAAAUUUUGGUAACAAGGACCAAAAUGUUAAAUUCCGAAAACUGAUGGGCAUCAAGGAUGAGGAAGAGGUAGGAACCCCAAUACCAAAUCCUGAUGAAAGUUUCAAAACUCUAAAGCAGCAGGAAGAAGUAUUCAGGAACUUGGAUGCUCAGUAUGAAAUGGCACGAUCACAGACCCACACACAAAGAGGAAUGGGCCUUGGUUUCUCCUCUUCAAUGAGAGGAAUGGACACAAUUUAAGAACAAACAUUGUGCUCAAGCACAUUUUUUUAAUAUUGUCUUUGUCCAUGUUGGAGAUUUAAAGCUUCAUAUUGACUUACACUUUCCCACUUACUGAAAAAGCUAGCUAUCUAGCUUGCAUGGUUGUUGCAAUGCAAAAUAAUUUAUUAAAAAAAGGUUUUGAUUGUCAGGAUAACCGGGUGUAUCAACAAUCAUAUUGUGAUAGUUAUUCUUCCUAAAUAUUGGGACUUCAUUGAAGAAAGAGUUGAUGGCAGUUUGGCAACUAGGAAAAGGGAUGUUCUGUCAUUUUUUUUGUUUGAAGUGCUGUAUGCAGACUGACUUCAGACAGCUCACUGUCAUUCAUGUUUUGUUGUAAUACUUCAUGUUGCUGUAUUAUGUGAUUGCUUUUGUACUAAAACUUGUACAGUUAUUUUCAUCUAUUGAAAUGCAAAUGAUGACUGUGUAGUUGUAAAUUAGGAUUUAGUUUGUAUGUAAGUACUUAUUCUGGUGCUGAAAAGCGCUUUAUAGUGCACUGUUCAUUAUCAAGCUUCCUGGACAAUAAAUGGAUGAUUUUCAAUACAAA